AUGAAAGAUCAAUUGGGUGAAAUCAAUCUGUUUGAGGUCAAAAACGAUGUUGCCUUCGGGCAUCUCUUCUUUUGGGCGCUGAGAGCAGUGGAAUCUUCUCCGCAGGCGAAGGUAGCAGUGCAGACGGACGCCAAGCGACGGAUGCAUGCAGUGCAAGGCACCAUUUGCUCCAAGGCACAGCUCAAGCUCACGCUUCGGCAUCUCAAGGAGGCCAAUGAGGCGGUCCGGAAGGGCGAGCGACUCCCCGAGGUGCCAAAGUCUGACCCCAACAAGGAACUGCACUCAGAAGGCUUCGCGCUUUGCACUGUUCCUCAGGAAGCUUUGAAUUGCUCCACGAAUCCGGUUGGUUGGAGAACUUGA